CAACCCACCAUCUAUAUAUAAAAAGUCUACUCAUGCACUAACCCUCACAUGCACUCUAUAUAGUCUAAGGGUGAAGAAAUUGAAGGAAGUCAUAUUUAUAUUUGCAGCUCAUCUCAGAAUAUAAAAAUCAUGGGGAAUUGCAUAAAUAGGCCAUUAAAAGAAGAAGAAGAAGAAAAAGAGAUGGCAGAGGCUGGGGAGAAGUUCAUCAGUGAAAAAAAUGGUGAGUUGGAAAAAACCAGUAAUGGUAACAAGAGAGUUAAGAUUGUCUUGACAAAGGAUGAGUUGCAGUGGCUGCUGUUUAGGAUCCAGAUAGGAGGGGAAGGUGUUAUCAAUGGAGAUCAUCAGUUACAGGAUCUCUUGAAGAUGAGAGGGGGAGGAAGAGCUUUUGGGUGGAAGCCUUCUUUGGAGAGCAUCAUUGAGUGCCCAGAAGUGCCUCCAGGCUGCAGUUAGAGAUAAGGAAUGAUAGACUAACUUCUAUCAUUUCUUUUCUACUCAUUAGUUUUGUUUGGUUGGGAAACUUAUUUUGGGGGAGAAAGGGAAUUGAAGGGAAGUAGGUGAUAAUAUUUACUAGUUUGCAUCAUUUGUAUCAUUGUAUGUUUAAAUGAUUCUACAUAGUCAGAUCGAGUAGAUAUAUAUAAAGAGUUAUGUAUAUAUAGUUAUAUACGCCUUUUUUUAUAUUACCAAAAUAAAUGGAUAACACUUGGUAAUAUAGUAGUAUAUAUGGAGGAUAAAAUAUCACUUGUUUUGAGUUUUCUCAAAAUAGUCAGAUAGAGUAGAUAUAUAUAAAGAGUUAUGUAUAUAUAGUUUUUUCCCGAAUGCCAAUUAAAUAAAUA